CCGCUGCUUCCCGUUUCUACUACUACGCCGACGGUCCUUCCCAUAGAGCUUGUUGAGGCGCUGAACCAGACGUUCUUCCUCCACUUGCUGGUCACGGAUCCGCAGCAAGUCCUCCCCCCGGGCAAAUCGCUGAUUUCUAUGUUGUCCUCCCCAAGGUCUAACGUGCACGCGCAGGACGACAAGAUUGCGGAGUUGGAGGUGCGGGUGAAGGAUAUGGUGCACAGCGCGUUUUGGAACGAGGCACUUGAGUCGCUGUCGAGCUCCUCAGCAGACAAACAGUUGCCGCGGCUUCGACGACUGUACGAGGACUUGCUUGAGGCUGUCAAGCCGCUGCUCCCUGGGAGACAUCCCGUCAUUGUCACGCUCUCCCUACCGCUCUCCCCCACGUCUGCGCCAUUGCGGUCCGCGGCGACGCACCUGCGCGAAAUUCUUGUAGCGUUGCGAGAACGUGCUAGUCCAGCGCGCGAUGCGUACGUAGAUGGUCUCAUACAGGCGUUGGAUGAGCCCAAUCAACUCGCGACCACUGAGGAGCUCGCGCGUCUUGUCGCCGACACUGCGCGCUCGAUACUUCAGCUCACAGAAUGGAUGAAGGACGACCUGUCCCAAUUUAUGGUUGGCUCUGUGGAGGAGAAGGACCUGAAGGCGAUGAUCACCCAGCAGGCUAUGCUCCGCGAGAAGAGCCUCAUCCUGCAGCUGUGGGCGCCGGGUCGCAUCGAGCUCUCGUGGAAGGCAUGGCUGGGCGGACUGGACACAUCCGUAUACCCAGGGGCAGAGACCGUGCAGCCUCCCCAUCAUCGCUGGGCCUAUCGGCUGGUCCAAGCGCUCGCGACAAACGCUCCUAUCACCUGUCCUCUCCCUACCAUUCGUAUUCCUGGUACCGACUCACCAGAACAACAUGCGGGAGAGUCUGAGGAUGUUGAGUCGCCGCAGAACAUACUGCCCCCUCCCUUCUUCGUCACCACUCCGGCACUGCUCACUGCGCAGAAUUACUUACAGGCCCUCGUCAUUGCGGCAUCCCUCCGCUCGCUCGUCCGUCUGCCCGCGUCCUCCCUUCCCGCAUCCUCGGGGGACAACCCCGCAAGCUUCACCGAGCGCAUCUGGACGUUACUCCGGUCGUCCGUCGACGAGGAGCCCGGCACAGAGAACACGAAGGUCGUCAACCUCGCCGACGAGGUCGUGCGCGUCCGCCGCGUAUGCGCAGACGACGCGCACCCAUGCGGCCCCGAAGAGGAGGCGCGUCUCCGCGCAGCGGUGGACCGUACCCUGCAGCCCCGCGACCCGGUGUUCCUUCUCCUGCAAAAGCGCCUUAUGCAGGCGCUUGCGGCGUGGCUCGUCUCCUCCCCUGGGCCAUCAGGCAGGUCUGGGAGCGCAUCCCCUAAUGGGCGGGCGUCGACGCCGGUACACAUGCAGACGGGGAGGGAGCGUCCGGGCAAGCGGCCGCGGCUGCAUCUCGGGCUAGACAACCCGAAGAGCGUGUUCGUGGCCUGGGAGAGGGAGCGCAGGAAGCCGCUAGUCAUUAAGGGCUUCGAAGACGACGUGCUCGCGCGGGAGAUUUGGGAGACGUUCAAGAAGGUCGGGAUGGUGGUGGACUGGACGGAUCGGGUAUGGCAGGAUCUGGUCGAGACUGGGGAGAUUGGAGGUUUGCCUGAGGAUGGGAAGCCUGAGGGAGCGAGAGAGCAGCAGGGGAAGGACACUGGUGCGGACGCACAUGUAUGAUCGAAGGAGGUCGACGAUAGGUGUGGUGCCGUUUCCGGACGUUUGUUUUUAACUUACUGACUUAGACAUAGGCAGUGCCACGUAUAUAGCGCCUUGGACUGUUGUGGACUCUGACCCGAAUGUUGUAGUACCAGUGAGUGAUUUGGACAAGCCGUGUAUGAAGAUGGUGAAACACGCCCAACUAAGAGAGUAAACGGGUGCAGAAGCGAUGGAAGUUGUACACAUACAGCAGCGUUUUCCCUGCUGCAUGCGAUGACGUUAUGACCAAGCACUCUCAUGGGCCUGCUCCUGCUCGAUUCGACCGCUACGCCCAGCUUUCCCUUAGACUCGUAGACAUACCAUGCAACACGCCAUAGAUCUUCCCGCACACAAGCCAUCUGGUCAGGCUUACUGUCUAGUCUCGGCUCUUGAGGCUGGCUCCUGCGAGCUCCCGCUCGACUACAUCAUUGACACCGCCAAGGCAGGGGAACGGGUGAAGCUGCCCUGUCUUGCGUUCCUCCUCCGCAACACACAGAACAACGACACCUUCGUCUUUGACCUCGGCAUCCGCAAGGACUACCAGAAC